AGACGGUCGGGAAAAACAGUACUCUUUCAGGUCUCGAACGGUCCACACCGAUUAAACUUGGUUGCGCGUGUUCCGUACUUAUUUAUUUGUGCCCGUUGCUGGAAGCCGAUUUCUUGCGUGGAAAUCGAAGAGUCGCGUUUUAUUCGAAAAAACUAUUUAAAUCGAAAUUAUCAGGAUGAAAUAUGUCGUAUUUUUGUUGCUUUUCGGUUACGCCGUGAUAGUCCGUUCUGACGAUUUACUCGACUCGGAAGAACCUCCAGAGGGAUAUUAUGCCUUCAUCGAAUCACCAUCGGCUGUGCCUCCAAAGGUACGCUCACCUCCUUACACUCACAUCAAUGUGGACUGCAAGGAUGCCACCAAUCCGAAGCCCUACGUUUCUGCCAAUAACCUUUGCGGUGAUUUGAACAAAGGGAAAAUUCCACGCAAUCCGAUGCGUCAGGUCGUUUUGGGGGAACCUUACCCAUUCGAGCUCAUCCGUAAUCAAACUCUGAAGUUCCUGUCCAAGACGUUGCCAGUUUUGAAAGCUGAUGAUACGCUACCCAAAGUAACACAAAUCAUUCCCGAAGAACCGGUGGAGCAGUUCGAUGACAACGGCAUCGGUCGCCGUAUGGGCAAAGGCAUUCGCAUGACUGAAGAAUACAAAGGUGAGGAAGAACCAAGGACGCCACGAAAAUUCUGCGAUGGAGGCGGUGUAUUCUGUGCUCUGUAUCGUGCGAUUCAAGGUGAACCUAUCAGUAGUAAGUUGGUCGCUGAAAGGCGUGAAGAAAUUCCUGGAGCGUAUCCACCACCUCCAAGGUAUGAAGGUCCUCCGACUCCUUGCCCAGCAAAGGUCGAAUAUGCUACGCCAGUGUUUGCCAAGAACUAUCAAGGCUCUUGGCGCUAUGUAGUUCAGAUUCCGUACGAGGGAUACUUCACUCAAACCGUCGAAGUAACGCGUUGUCUGCAGGCAAGAUGUCACUACCUAGACGGAGGAUGUCUUUCAUCGCCUCGUUGGGUAAGCCUAUUGGUUGCGGAGAUAUUCUAUCCCAAUGCUGAAGACUACACAACAACUACCUCAACGACUACUGCUCCGUCAAUACAAGACUUCCAGGCGUAUCAACAGUAUUUGCAGAAACGAGCCGGUCUGCCAACAGCUUCUGAUUCGUCUUCUUACGAAACCAAUAGCAAUCAUGCUACUCGCAAGCAGGAACAGCAUUGCGAUGGUCACGACGAAAUCGGAUGCUUCCAGGUGCGUUUGUACUACGACUGGUUCCUGAUACCCGGCUCAUGCAAAUGCUGGAGACCAGAUUACUUCUCAAAAUAUGUCAGGAAACGACCAACACCGGAGCUGUAGAAUAAAGUAUCAUUUUCUCAAUGAGCAUUUUUACGUACGAGUGUUGAAUGGACUGCAUAAGGUUUAUUUAUUUAUUUAUUAACUUAUUUUUGUCUUACAAUAGCUGUGUAAAUGCUGGAGAUUCAAGUUGGAGCUUAUUCGGGUAUAUUGAAACUCGCGUGCCGCUCUGCUUGUUUGCGAAUGGCUCGUGUACUUUCUCAUCUAUCUUUCCUGUACUUUUCCUUUCUUCCUCUUAACGAUUCUAUUGCUUUCACUAUAUCACUACUGGGAUUUGGUUCUUUACGGGAGAAUGAGUAUCACUCAACUGCAAUUGCGCACAUUGUCGCGCACUCUUCCAGUCGGAUUUAUUUUUAGUUCACAAGGGUUCUAAGAGUAUGACUGACCAAUUAUUUGGAAAACAAUAUUAAAGGCUCUUUAUAAGAAGACUACUUGUAAGCUAUUCUAGUUUAUUCAAAUGAAAGCUCUUUAACUAGAUUAAACUUGAUGAAAGUGCAGCAUAUCAUAUAGUGUAUUUGUAAAUAAAAAUACUUUUUUUAAAACAACAAA